AACCACUAAAUAUUGACUUGAAACGCUUCAGAGUCCAACUACAAACUAACUAAAACUAAGCACGGUGCGCGUUGUAUACACACAACCACGUGACUCGGGGGGAAUUCGGAACUACCUCAUUGUGAUUUAUGUUAUAGAACUAGUUUUGCAGAGAUAAAAUGCCAUCCCAUGAGCUACCAUGCCUAGGGGAUGCAAACAUAAAUGCCCUGCAGAGUUGUCAGCCUUUAAUGAAGACUCCAUCACCAGCAGGGAACAAGCUGUACUCUGAAACACCUGUACUCUGCAGUACAUCUCUAUCAAAGUAUUCUGGAAUACAAGUCUAUCUUAAACUAGAUAACUUGCAGCCACCAGGGUCUUUCAAACUGCGUGGGAUUUCACAUUUGAUUCAGAAAGCAUUAGAGACUGGAAGAUGUGAUCAUGUUUACUGUGCUUCUGGAGGGAAUGCUGGAAUGGCUGCUGCAUAUGCUUCUAGAGAACUUGGCAUACCAUGUACAAUCAUUUUACCAAAGACAACACCAGCUUUCCUGGCCGAUAGACUGAAGCUAUACAAUGCUGAAGUACGAGUUCAUGGUGAAGUCUAUGAUGAAGCCAAAACUUUAGCACAGGAACUAAGUAAACAGACAGGUUCACUGUAUGUUCCUGCAUUUGAACACCCAGACAUUUGGGAAGGGCAUGCAAGCAUGAUUGUGGAGGCAGCACAGCAGAUGCAAGAGAGGCCCAGUGUUGUGAUAACCAGUGUAGGAGGUGGUGGUCUUUGCAAUGGUAUCGUGCAAGGGAUGAGACAAGUGGGGUGGGAGAAUGUCCCCAUUGUGGCUGUGGAGACACAAGGGGCUGACUGUUUUGAUGCUGCCAUCAAAGCUGGAGAAGUAGUUAAUCUAGAAGCAAUCACCAGUGUCGCCAAGACCUUAGGUUCACUGUCUGUCAGUCCCACAACUCUAGAGUAUUACAAACAAGCAAAUCCUCCCAUUAUCAACUAUGUAGUCACAGACCAAGAUGCAGUUAGUGCUUGUGUUAAGUUUGCUGAUGAUCACCGGUUCCUAGUUGAACCUGCUUGUGGGGCAAGCUUGGCUAUCAUCUAUGGCAAAAUUCUUCAUAGACUCAUUGAAGAAAAGAAAUUGACCAGCAUCACUUCUGCAUUAGUUAUUGUGUGUGGGGGUGCUAUAGUCUCAACAGAAGUAAUCCAAAGUUGGAAAAAAGAUUUUCACUUAUGACUUGUAAAAUAAUGUGCAAUUUAGUCUAAGCUUGGCUUUACAGUAUUGCAAUAUUUACUGGCAUUGUUUCAUAUUGAAUCCAUAAUGUAAAUGUGAAUAAAAUUUUAAACAGAGAUUUUGUUUUUUAAUUUUGCAAAUCAGAUAUCAUGCUUCCAGGAUUUAAAGAAUAAAAAAGACACAGCUUGCCCUAGCAGGGCACUGGUCUCUGGAGUAUA